AUGACCAUGCUUGCGGCCGUCGCUCAUCCUCUCGUCUGCGAGAAAGCAUGGCUUGGUGGCCAGAAACACGUACUGUCUCUGUUGGAGCUAUGUGUACCCGGUAUUGACCUUGUAAGUCGUCGAACAUCUGCUCAUUUCCCAUACUUCGAAUCAACCCCCGAUUUGAAUACACAGAACGACCCUAUCAAGACACUUUGUGCCGCAAUGUUCAUCGCUUCGACAGUACAAUAUGUUAAGAUCGGCGAUCUAUCUGCUCUUCAGGCUGGAAUUCCAUUCACUGGUGAUGCCCCAGCCGAAGAAAUGAUGCGCAUAGAAACGGUGAACGAGAGUGGCUUUCCAGAUGGUUCUGUGAGCGAUGCGGCCGGGCUGAGUAGGGAAGAAGAGCGUACUUGUGCUAGGGAUAGCACAGCCGGCUUUACUGAUUGGGUUGUAUCUCUGUUCCGACGCGUCUUCGCAUUGUACGAGAAUCUUCCAGAAGAAGGAGGCAAAAGGAACACCACAGGUGGCAAAAUGGAGGAGGGUGUGCUCAAGGCUAUCAAGAGCAUGCUUGACGUCGUUUGUCUGAACCUAUCUGAUCCCCUCUUCGACCUUGUGUUGAAGCUAGUAUAUGACUAUGCAACUACAAACGCCAAGUCAAAUGCUGUGAGAGCAUUCGGCCAGCUAGUCUCAUGCUUAGCUCGCGUGCAACCCGAAAAGACGAUCGCCAAAUUUCUACCUUUUUGUGCUGCACAAAUCCAAGAAGAGCUGAAACACGGUGCAUCCAGCAUUCGGACGACGUCCAUGCACGCCCCAGUGCCCUCAGACACUACGUUACAUUGGAAUAUAUCCAUUCUUCGUGGAUGCUUAGGCUAUGGCGGAGCAUGUUUGAUCAAAUAUAAGCCACAGUUACUUGAACUUGUCUUACUCCUCAUCGAAAAGACCAAGAGUGAGCGAGGCUAUACCUCAACUGGACGACUUAUCAACCGCAUCUUAUAUACUCUGACCUCGAUCUAUCCUAUAAACUCCCGCUUUGUGGAUGCGGAUGAAUGGAACAAUCCAGACUUUGACCAAGAUCAUAUCGCACAUUGGGGCCGUUUGUACGAGCCACAUGACGUGAAGAUUGAAUGGCAUGUUCCUACGGAUGAUGAAAUCCACUUUGUCAUGGAGAUUCUCGACAAAGUAGCAGCACCGGCUUUGGACAUGAUUGAAGCUUCAAUCGGUACAGCCGACCGAUGGGAUAACAUAGCUCGUAAUGACUUUUGUCGGUCGAUCUGGAGUGGUCUGCCUACUCUCUUCAAGGAGGGGCCGAAAGAUGUAGUCAAUCCCUGUCUUGACCAUAACACCGAGGUCUCGGAGCUUCUCGUGUCACCUAUGGAUGUCAAUUGUGGCUUUCUCUUGACUGAUCCUACCGAUCCACGGUACCAGAAGGUGGCGAAUCAUCGUACCCGGUUUGGUCAAGUGAUUCAUCGUGCGGCUCUGGUAUUACGGGAAUCCAGUCAAGGAGAAGACCACAUCGAUGCGGUUGUUGCUGUGGCCAAGGCAAUUGACGUUUACCUAUUGGAGUAUGCAGUCACAAGGAGUAGCUUUGAUUCGUUGCGUAAGGCAUACGCGCAAGCGCGGGAAGCUUUGGACAAGGGAGUUGAUCCUGAUCGCAUGAAGGGUGCUUUGUACGUGCUUUGGAACAAAGGCACUGCCGCUUACGCUCUUGCGGACGUUAGCUUGCAUGGACAUUAUCUACUUUCUUUGCUGCAAUGCCAACAUCAAGAAAAGCCUUCUAUUCAGAAGCUGGUUGGCAACCUUGUACAGGAUGCUCUGGUAUACCUCACGGAGGAGGCAGUACACACUGACGCCUUUAUUGAAGAUGCUCCAGGUGUCAAGAGCGCUCUGGAGGAGCUCAAAAAAGAAUAUGUGCCCUCUCGGGAUAGUACCCUGCUUCUCUCUGAAGCGUCAGGAAAGAUGACCGCGCGUGCUGAAUCCAAGAAUCAACACUAUGCACAAACCAUGUUGGCGAUAAUCGGCGUCGCCUCAAGAUCCACCACUCACUGGCGUUAUAAAGAGUUCGCAUUGAAAAUAAUGUUUGGACUAUUAAGAAGAGAUGUCAGUAUCUCAGCGGACGCAGCCCAAUGCUUCUUGCGAUUGAGUAUCAGUCCACAUCCCACGAUCCGCACAGUUGCUCAGAAAGCCGUCUCGAGGUUGACUUGUCACAUCAAAAUACGAAGUUACGCCCAAUCAACUGAGCAGCUCUGGCUUGACGAGUGGACAAGUCCCCUACAGCGGACCGUCGCUGUGAUCGAUCCGGCCCGUCUACUUCGAAGUCUUGAACAACCUAUUGAUAGGCGUGAUACAGACGAGAAAGUUUACGUGGACAAAAUCUCAACUGGAUUCGUUAUGUGGUCGUCGACGGUCAAAGGUUACCGGGUUGUCCGAGAGGACGAAUUGCCCCUCUCUUGGGAAUCAGCCUCAACACCAGUAUUGGGAUCCAUGAGCGCGGUGUUAAGGGAGGAUGGAUUUUUUCCCUCUUUAGCAGCCCUUUGGAGCCAAGAAUCCAGCAAGCAAAAUACCGCACCUGUAUUAAGGGCAGACAAUAUCGUCUUCAUGAAAUCUCUUGCAAAGAUGUUCGGAAAUGAGCACAUUGAAGCCAUGCUUUCUGCCAUUGACGCCUUGAUAUUGGACGGCGACCGAUUCAAACAGCGGGCGGGAGCGGAGAUGUUAGCUGGUUUACUACGGGGAUCCAAACACUGGCCGCGGUCAUGGUCUGACAAUUUAUGGGCUUGGUUGACAGCGCACUUGAAACAGAUCUAUGGCAACAUGAAGCCGGAUACCAUAUCUUACUGGGAGGGAAUGUUCAGCGAACAACUGGUCGAUAGAGAUCCUCGGCGCGCCCAGCUGAUUGUCGAAUGGAUACUCUCGCUACCACUCGAUUUUCAUAGUGAUUCAGCUUUUGCUACACUCAAGUCGCUCUCACUGCUUAAUGUUUUGAUUGAUUGCCUCGAUCUUCGCUUCCAUUCUUUGAGCGAUAAGUACAUGAACCUAUUUCUUGAGAAUGCCAAUACUGGCUACGCAGAGGCACGCAUCCGCGCACAAAUUGCACAAAACCUUCACGCGAUAUUAAUUUCACAGUGGCGGCCAACAUACCUUAAUGCGGGCGCACUGCUGACCGCUUGUGUCAGUACCUCGGAUCCACUCCAAAUCAGGAGUGCGAAGUACAUGACUCGAGUAGUAAAGAUCAUCCAGAAAUUGCCCAGCUGGAGAGAAGAACGAUUCCCGCCUCCUAGGGUCAGUCAGUCGCAAUAUGAUAAAGUAGGCCUCACCUUGCUGCAAUGGAUAUGGGAAUGUUCGCAUGGCCCGCAAGCAACACUGAUCUUACCUUACGCCAUCACCUUACUGCCCGAGGUUUUGCGUAUGUCAGAGCUCAAUGAUAGCUCUGAGUUGCAGAAGUACAGCUCUGCGGUUUUGUACAUUUUAUCGGCUGUCACCCCCCCUGCCGAAUAUAUCGAGGUGAUUGCUGACAAUUAUAUUAAAGCAAUAAAGUCCUCCACAUCCUGGCGCGUUCGAAUCAAGGCCCUCCCUACCUUGCUUGUGUUCUAUUACCGCAAUCUCAUGAGUAUCUCAGACAGUGUUCUAUCCAGACUUAUGGAUGUCCUCUUGGAAUGUCUGGCCGAUGAAAAUGUGGAAGUACGCGAGAUGGCAUCCAAGAUGCUCUCCGGCGUUGUUAGGUCCUCACAACGUCAAAACAUUGUUCCGCUCAUGAACCGUUUCCUGUCUCUUGCGCGAAGAACCCCAUUACCGGCUCGUGGGAGUUCGACUUAUGUGGAUGCUUUGCGUAUUCUCCAUUCGGCUAUUCUUGGUCUAUGUGCUCUAAUAGAGAGUUUACCGUACUCGGUAGAGUCAUGGAUGCCUCCGCUGACGGACGUAUUGGCGGUUCAUGCUACGGAUCCUGCGCCGAUUUCAACUACUAUCCGGAAGUGCGCCUCGGAGUUUAAGAAGACGCACCAGGAUACCUGGCACAAGGAUCAGCUCGCGUUCGACGAAGAUCAACUGCAGAAUCUCGCUACGAUGCUUGUUGGUACCUCGUACUUCACGAACCCUUUAUCUACGCAGACGAGUUUCUUUUCCCGCAAUACAGGCGACGCCAUCUCGCCAUCGCAGCCAAAAUCUCAUAUCAGCCUUGGUCCUAGAGAAAUGCUGCCCUCUUCACGAAGAGCGCCCAACGGGCGAACGCCAAAAGCCGAGCUGUCAGAGCGGAGCGUGCUUUCUCCUGCAAACGGUGGAUUCCACUGGAUGUUCAAUGGUAACGGCCAGCUUGUAGAUCCUGCAGCAGGAAAUUGGGACCUCGCGGACGACAUGACCAAGAUGCACCUGGGCGUCGGUGACGAGGCUAGUGACCCUCAUAUGCACACACCUCCACAUUCUAGGUCCAACGCAUCUCUCCUACAGCUCCAAUCGUCCUCUCCGCUCGAGACCGCCUCCGAAGAUAGUAUCGAUUCUGGCUCGUCAAACGCCUUGGAUCAUCCCACAAACCACAUGUCUCACUCUCGUGAAUCGUCCGCCGACACACACGCAUCUGCACUGUCUUCUACCAGUCAGACACUACGUGCCGCCCCGCUGACACCUCUGAAAGUCGGUGCCGUUGGAGAAUCGCGAAACAGACCUCAUUCAUACAGCGGCGGUCUAUCUAGCACAGAUCUGACGCGCCUUCAGCAAGCCGGGGGUAGCCCGGCUAGCAAGGGGGAAUCAUGGGUAUCACCCAACGGGACGCCGGAGCGGCAGCAACAAAUUGACCAACCAACCUAUCCAUCUCUCGCUGCUGCUGGCCGCUCGCAAGAGCACGGGCAAGCCUCGCAGGUUGAUAUGGAUAAUGCUCAGGCCAUGCAACUUCGACAAUUUAGCCCGGUUCCCCAAGGCCCGACCGGAGCUCCUGCUUUCCUCCCUGGACGCCCCAAUAAUGUUGCUGGGAACAUGCAAUACCGCCAGGCUCCUCGAGGAUACAAUCCUUCUGUGCCACCUGUGCUUCAGAGCCCCACGGGAUUUGGAUACCCCCCUGCACCCCCGCCGCCUAUGGCUCUCAGUACGCCUCAACAGCAACUAUAUGAGAUGAUGCUUCCAACCCCUCCUCUCGACAACCCUACAAUGGCCCGCCUGCAGCAGCAGCAUGGUGUCUUCCGUGGAUCCCAUCAGCACUCCGCUUCGGAUCCUGCCAAUGUCCGGGACCCUGCCACUCUUGCCUUGCUCAACGGCAAUCUUCAGGCGUUUUCUGCUGGUCAAAUGUAUCCACCGGCUCUAGGACCUCCUGCUACUUUAUCCAUGUUCGCCAAUCAGUUCUAUCCACAGGAGGCGUACGCUUCUCCGGACUUGGUGACCGCCCAGAUGAUGGCUCGACUUCAGUCCCAGUAUGGCGCCUAUGGCGUCCCUGUACCCGCACAAAAUGUACCUGUAGCUAAUGCAAUUGCUCCCAACACGACUGGCGGUGUGACUCCUACAGGAUCUGGCGGAGUUGGUCCGAGCGCAAAUAAUCGCAAGCUUGGUCUGUACAAGACGGAGCUGUGCAGAAGCUGGGAGGAAAAGGGAACCUGCCGCUAUAGUGCAAAGUGCCAAUUCGCUCACGGCGAGGAAGAGUUGCGCAAGGUCUCACGGCAUCCGAAGUACAAAACGGAGAUAUGCAGAACGUUCUGGGUGUCUGGCUCCUGCCCGUACGGCAAACGAUGCUGCUUCAUUCAUACGGAGCUUCCUGCUUCUGGUCCUCCUCCAGGUGCAGACGGAACUCCGCCGCCCCAGAUCCCGCACGGCCGCGAUCGUUCUGGCAGCACGAACAGUGAUCCGAAUGAGAUCUCCAGCUCUCUUCUUGCACGCAUUUCCGCGAAGCGCAACCAUGAAGGGUCAAUGAACCCUAAUACUGGGAACGUCAGCACCACUCCCCCAUCUAGUAGUUUCCAACUCAGUGGGCGCCCCGGUGCUUUGCGUGUGGAUACAACUGUUCUGGAUUCUGCGGCUAGCGCGAAGCAAAAUAAAUCCGCUUAUCCGACGUUCGCGCAUAACGGUAUCAUGAUGCCCGCAGGAGAAGAGGUCUCUGCCCGUUCCCCUGGUCCUGUCACUGCAGGCCCGGACUUUGGAAGGCAUGCCGCUUCAAGGCUUGAUAUUGUUGGUACUCAGCAACGAGCUGGUAAAAGUUCGGCAGCGAACCCUGGUGUUCGUCAUUCAUUCAACGGGAGCGAUAUACAAUUAGAUUUUAACACCACCCCUACUGCGACGAAUGUUCCGACUCAAUUGGCGACACCGUCGGACGCGCCCAAGUCUUCGGCACGAAUCAAUGGCCAUGUUCGUUCGGGCAGUGCUGGCAACUGGGGAUCCGCGACUCGCAACCUCACAGCGUACCCGUUAUCGUCCAUCCCUGGUGGAGAGCUCAACAAGAACUCUCCUUGGGCCGACUACUCCACGCGUCGCACCGAGAAAAAUUGGGUUUAA